AUGGAAGUGGAUAUUAAUGUUGAUGUCAGCAAUGUGACCUCUGGAACAGGCUCUGCAUCAGUGCUCUUACAUCCACUUGUUAUUUUAAAUAUAUCUGAACAUUGGACGCGUAACAAAGUGAAGGAAAACUCUAUAGCUGUUACAGUGUAUGGAGCUUUGCUCGGGAAACAAGAAGGUCACCAUGUUGAAAUAUCAAAUUCCUUCGAGUUAUUACUUGAUGAACCACACAUGUCAGUUAACUCUGAGUUUUACAGCACUCGUGAAUCUCAAUGCAAACAAGUUUAUCCAGAUUUAGACAUAGUUGGUUGGUAUACCACUGGUGGUGCUAUCAAUGAAAAAGAUGAGUUAUUCAACAGACAGAUGCUAGAACUUAAUGAAUCUCUCCUCAUAUUAAAAUUAGACCCUCUACAAACAUGUGGAGAGAACCUGCCAAUCGGGGUUUAUGAGUCAGUAGUGGAUAACGAUGGGAGAGUUCACUUUAGACAGGUACUAUAUACUUUAGCAACUGAUGAAGCAGAACGUAUUGGUAUCGAUUAUGUUGCACGUAUUUCAAUGUCAUCUACUGAUCAAACUUCAUCAAUGACUGCGGAACAUUUACUAGGAAAUUAUCAGGCCAUUCAAAUGUUAAGCAGUCGCCUUCAGCUAAUAAGAUCUUAUGUCGCAGCUGUUGCAGCAGGAGAAUUACCACCGAAUAGAGCACGACUGAGGGAGAUCAAUGCUUUAGUUAAACGAAUCCCUUUCAUGCCUCCUUCAGCAGCCGAACAAAAUGACAAUUUGUACCGUCAAGCCAAUGAUGUAUGUCUGACAGCAUUGCUUGCCAGCAUAACUCAAGGUUUACAUACACUCUACGGUUGUAUGAUCAAAACAUCUCACGUUAUAGAUCGCCGAUCUAUUCCCUUGAGUGUGGGAAGUGGAAUUAUGGACUCAGGUUCCAGCCGUUUUGCUAAAGUUUCCCACUCAAUGGGUAAUUCUAAUUGA